ACCCAGAUUCUAUUAGCAAAAAAUCUCAAACACUAACCCGAACUCUAUCAUGAAAGAUUUCCCUUGGAACUCUUUUUGGCUUUUUCUUGUCCCACUCUCUCCACACUCAACUUGUUCCUUUAUUCCCAUUGCUCGUCCAAUUCCAUCAACCGUCCAACAUUAACAUCUUAAGACAACAUCCAGAACCUUCAUAAACGCAAAGCUCUCCCUCAGUUUCUCACAACAACAACAAAAAGCAAAGGAAAAAUCCCCGGAGAAGGAAAGGAAAGGAAAGGAAAAGAAGAGAAAAACUCGCCCAGAAAAGGGAAAGAAAAUGAAUCCCUCAGACAACAGUGACCACCCUCAACUCCCAACAAUCAAGAUCCACCACCCAUCAUCCCCUCACCACCCAACCUCCACCGCCACCCCCACCGCCGGCGCCCGCCGCAAGAUUGGCGUAGCCGUUGACCUCUCCGAAGAAUCUGCCUUCGCCGUCCGCUGGGCUGUCCAGAACUACAUCCGACCCGGUGACGCUGUCAUCCUCCUCCACGUGUCACCCACUUCCGUACUCUUCGGAGCCGACUGGGGCCCACUCCCCCACACACCGCAAACCCCGGAAACACCGCAGUCCCAAAAGCAGCUGGAAGACGAUUUUGAUGCCUUCACGGCUUCAAAGGCGGCGGAUUUGGCCAGACCCUUGAAGGAAUCAGGGUUUCCCUUUAAGAUUCAUAUAGUGAAAGAUCAUGAUAUGAGGGAAAGAUUGUGUCUUGAGGUGGAGAGGUUGGGGUUGAGUGCCGUUAUAAUGGGGAGUAGAGGGUUUGGAGCUGAGAAAAGAGGCAGUGAUGGGAGGUUGGGAAGUGUUAGUGAUUAUUGUGUGCAUCACUGUGUUUGUCCUGUUGUUGUUGUUAGGUAUCCUGAAGAUAAAGAUGGCGGGAAUGGCGAGCCCGUGGUGACGGUUAAGGAGGCUGAGGUGGAGGAGGAAGGUGGCAAAGAUGCUUAGUAAGUCCCUGGUAAUUGCAGCUUUAUCCUAUCAGUAUCAGAUAGCAGAGAUGGCUGUGAGUUGAUAUGGAUUAGCUGGGACAAAGAGAAGUCAUCAAAAUCUUUGGUGGUUAAUGGCACUUGGUUAAAACGGUUCCUAGGAUUUUCUCUUUCUAGUUUCAUCUCCACUUUGCAUAACUCUAUCGAUGAUGUUAUUGUAUGGUUGAUGAGGUUUUUUUUUUUUUUCUUUUUUUUCCCUUUCAAUUAUGGCACUCGAGGAGAUUAUUAUGUUUUGCUCUACUGUGAUAUAAGACAAUCCCAGUGUCAGCAUUGGCUUUCUAUUUUAUGAGCUGUUUUUGUGGCCAUACUGCAGGGCAGAAAUAUGAAAGUAUUUGAUGAGCUUCACCUUGAA